AUGAGCCGCAUCUACCAGGACAGCGCGCUCCGGAACAAGGCGGUGCGGAGCGCGCAGCUGCGCGGGGCCUGGGAGCCGGCCGCGCACCAGGGGGGAAAUGGUGUCCUGCUGGAGGGAGAGCUGGUGGAUGUAUCUCGGCACAGCAUCUCGGAUGCUCAUGGCAGAAAGGAGCGCUACUACGUGCUGUACAUCCGGCCCAGCCACAUCCACCGCCGGAAGUUCGACCCCAAGGGAAACGAGAUCGAGCCCAACUUCAGCGCCACCAGGAAGGUGAACACAGGCUUCCUCAUGUCGUCCUACAAGGUGGACGCCAAGGGGGACACGGACAGACUCACGCCCGAGGCCCUGAAGGAGCUGGUGAAUAAGCCGGAGCUGCUCGCUCUGACCCAGAGCCUCACGCCCGAGCAGACCGUGGCCUUCUGGGUGCCCGAGUCCGAGAUGGAGGCCCUGGAGCUGGAGCUGGGGGCCGGGGUUCGGCUGAAAACCCGAGGCGACGGCCCCUUCCUGGAUUCGUUAGCCAAACUCGAGGCUGGAACAAUGACCAAGUGCAACUUCGCUGGCGACGCGAAGACGGGCGCAUCAUGGACCGACAACAUCAUGGCCCGGAAGCCUUCCGGAGGGGCCACGGCGGAGACCAGAGAGCAGGGCGACGGGGCGGAGGAUGCGGAGUGGGACGACUGA